AUGCCGACCGAAUGGAGUACCAACGAAUCGUUAUAUAAUUUAAACUACAGUCAAAAUGAGAACAUCACAGUCCCCCCGGACCCGAUCGAGGACAAAGCCAUUCAAGCCGCUUUUUGCACAGCCUACACAAUUAUAUUCACAGUUGGCAUCUUCGGUAAUGCCCUCGUUUGCUACGCUGUCAUCCGGAACAAAGCCAUGCAGACUGUCACUAAUCUUUUCAUCACUAACUUAGCGCUUUCUGAUAUAUUACUAUGCGUGUUUGCAGUACCCUUCACUCCCCUGUAUACGUUUUUAGGUAGGUGGGUGUUUGGUGGUCCCCUCUGCCACAUAAUGCCUUACGCUCAAGGCUGUAGCGUUUACAUUUCCACUUUAACCCUCACCUCUAUAGCCAUUGAUAGGUUCUUCGUAAUAAUUUAUCCUUUCAAACCCCGAAUGAAGAUAACGACAUGCAUUGGACUCAUUAUAUUUAUAUGGGUUUUCGCUCUAUCGGUAACCUUUCCUUAUGGCUAUUAUAUGACCCUUCAAGACAUUUUCUGCGAAGAAAAAUGGCCAUCGGAUCAAAUCCGGAAAGCUUUCGGCGCGGUAACGACUAUCAUGCAGUUCGUGAUACCUUUUAUAGUAAUGGCAUUUUGCUAUACGUGCGUUAGUAUAAAAUUGAAUGAUAGAUUGAAAUCGAGGCCCGGAAGUAAGAAUAGUAAAAAAGAAGACGCAGAGAGAGAAAGAAAAAGACGAACUAACAGAAUGUUGAUAGCUAUGGUUGCUAUUUUCGGGCUCUCGUGGCUCCCGUUAAAUUUAAUUAAUAUAAGUAGUGACUUUUACUCGUUUGCCGAAGACUGGAAGUAUUAUAUGGUUCUGUUCUUCGUAGCGCAUUUCAUAGCCAUGUCAUCGACUUGUUACAAUCCGUUUCUGUAUGCAUGGUUGAACGAGAACUUUCGCAAGGAGUUCAAGCAAAUUCUGCCGUGUCUCGGUGCGUUAGUGACGAAGAAGUCUAAAAGGAAUUUUAAUCAAUCGGAUAGAACAGGAAUGUACAAAUCGGAGAAAACCUGUAACGGAAAUGAAACCGUUCAAGAGUCCUUGUUGACUUCGACCGUAAAUAAGAUGCCUUCUGUUAGAUAUAGGAUAGAAUUAAAUGAUAAAGUUAAAGUGUACGAAGAUGAUCCAGACAAUGUGAGCCCGGAUGAAAAGCCAGAGGACAACCCAAGUCCGAACGAAGACUGUGUUAAGAUGUACAUGUUGGUAGAUAAGACUGUAGUUUCAUCUGAUAAGGAGCCGAUUGUAUCUGCGCUGUAA